AUGCUUCGCGUCCCCUUGGCGCUGGGCGCCGCCUCCCGCGUUUUCUUUUUCGGGCGCGCCGUCUGGCUUUUUCGCUUCUUUUCUCUCUGUGCGGGGGGUCCUCUGGUUUUGCGCGACCGGGGCUGUGAGGCGCCUCUGGCUCUGCAGCUGGUGGUGCUGGUGGUGCUGCUCCAUGUGCUGCUCCUGUCUCUAUGUCACCGUGUCGUGGGGCCGACGUGCGCGGUGGCCUUCCUCGGCCCAUCCUCACCGGAUUUCGACAUCCGUCGUGUCGCGUGCGUUCGCUUCCCUCCUACGCGUCGGCUGGUCCCUGGUUCGGGACCCUGGGGGGGAGGGGGGGGCCUCCUCGGCCUCCUCGGCAGCCUCGGCAGCCUCGACAGCCUCGACAGCCUCGACUGCUUGACGCACGCGACUCGCGCGGCACCCGUCGUUUUGCUCGCCGGGCGGCCCCCACGCCGCCCCGUCUCGCGCGUCCUCGCGUGCUCGGGCCUCGGCGGGCAGCGCCUCGGCUGGUGCUCUCCUUCUCGCUGA